AUGUCUUGCCUUGUCAAGCCGGUGCCCCAAGUUUUUUCAGAAGGAGCUGGUGGACUGGUGGUAUGUGAGGCGACAGUACCGUUUUGGCUCAUUGGCCGUGUGUCGGAGCCCGAUGUCUUUAUCUGGAGCGCCAUGACGUUUUUGAAGGACUCUAGUGCUUCAUUCAAGCAGGCGGUGUCGAUACUACCGCAUGGGCUUGAAGUGGUGGGUGUGCUUGGCCUUGGUUGUACAAGGCCCGAGUGGCCAGCAGACGUGCCCCCAGAAGCUCGUGGCUUGCCAUUGCUGGCCACGCGAGCAGAGGACGGCCAGGUAAAAGCAUGGGAGAUGAAGAGUGGCCGCGAGCGCAACACCUGGCAGAUUGCCGAGCCAAGUGAGAUCUGUGCGUACUCUUCUCUGAGUAUUGUCUUACCCACUUGUCAGGUUGAGGCUAUCGCCUUGCUGCGUUCGAUGCUUAGAAGCAUAGCGGCAGAAAUGCGCUUCCGCUUUCCCGGAACGCAGAUGGUGCCAUCGAUGGCCGAUUUGCGGGCGGACAAAGAUCACAAAUUGGACGUGCUUUGGAAGCCUACGGAAUCUGGCACUGCCUCCGCUGUGGCCGUGGAAGUUUUCUUUGAGGCCUUGGGAAACGAUGAGCGCUCCAAUGUCAUGGAGUUCCAGUGUCAGGCACCACCCAGGCAGCGAAUAGACUUUGCGGCCUAUGUUCCUGCGAAUUCCACCGCACGGGUUGUUGCGCACUGCCUUGUUGAAGCUGCUACUUUUCAAUUGAAUCGGGUGCUCGAUGAGGUUUCAGCCCAACGACUUGGGAACGAUGGUCUCGCAGUUCGCUGCUAUCUUCUCGAGAUUCUCGGGCAUGCCGUUUGUCUGAGGGGCACAGAAGACCAGAACAUUCGACGGGAACUGCACCAGCUGCUCCGGCUUCCUCAAGUGCCUCUUCUAGUCCCCAGUGCCGCGCUGGCACUUGCCGGCCAGGCUCAUGCGAUGGCCACAGGCAAGCCCACCAACCCGCACGUCAGUUGCGGUCUGAAGCCAACAUGGUGGCAAGGCUCUGCCGAAUCUACUCGCCUCGCUUUUGUCAAGGGUCUCUACGAAUAUCACCACUAUAUGCAGGACAACUUUGAUGACAAUGGUUGGGGCUGUGCAUACCGUUCUCUUCAGACCUGUGUCAGCUGGUACCGGAUGCAACACUACAGCAGCGCUCCAGUUCCGAGCAUCCCUGACAUUCAGCGCUUCUUGAAGCGCAUAGACGAGGCUCAUCGAGAACUCGAAGUGGGAAGCGAUACCUGGAUCGGCACAGUGGAGGGCAUGUACAUCUUGCAGGAAUACCUGAAAGUUGAUUGCAAGAUGAUGUAUUGUCAAGAUGCCGCAGACAUGGCAAGCCAGGCGCCGCAGAUGCUGCAACACCUCGAAGCAGAGGGCACGCCAAUCAUGACGGGUGCUGGCAGGUAUGCAUACACGAUUGUUGGCUUGUGCUUUGAUUCCUCUUUGGGUGAUGUGGCAUACCUCAUCGUUGACCCCCACUACACGGGCAAGGACGACAUCAAGCUUAUCCUGCAGAAAGGCUGGGUUGGGUGGAAGACCGUGGAUUUCUUCGAGAAAAGCACGGACGGAGGCUUCAUUAACUGCUGCUUGCCCUUGGCACCAUGUGGUCCGGAGCAUCUGUGA